UGGCAUGAGGAUUGUAGAUAAAUUGUUAAAGACUAUAGUAUUUUUAUCCUAGAAUAUUGCAUGUUUAAUAAAUCUAUGGAAAUUCAAGAAAUUUCUCUGAAAGAGAGGUAGUCGCCCCACUUGAAGUAAUUGCAAGUCAUGUGAACCAAGAAGUUUACGUGUAACUGUUGAUCCUGGAGCAACCUGACAGUCUUCAACCAACCUUCCUUCUACAACUUAUACUACAUCUACGUUUAGCCCUAGUUGUACUGGUUUAUACACCUCCCUGUAUUAAUUUAAAUAUUUGAAAACAGGGACUACGUUAUAAACAGUUGGCAGAGCGGUGUGAGUUUACUUCAUCUUAACAAACACACACUACAGUUCCGUAUCAGACAAACAGUGCUGAACUAUAGUGAGUGAGGAAGCUAGAGAGAUCUAGGGAAAAGAGAGAACUUUCAUCUCUGUUGGGCAGGUUCGGCAGGUAGCGGUUUCAGUGUACAAAUUUCUAGACAGGAGGGAUGGAGACAAAUACAAGGAGAAGGAGGAAGGAGGAGAGUGUGAAGAAGGAGAGAAGGUUGGUGGGGAUGGAAGGAGAAGAGAAUGAAAAGCUGCAGGAGCUGAGUAAAAAGUUGGGAAAGCUUAUUCCGAAUGACCGACUAGGGGGAGAUGGAGAAUCAGUACCAGAGACUCCACCCAACGAGGUAUCUCGUCACUCAACUCUCAAGGAUGAAACUAUGACCAGAGAUCCAGGGUUUAAGCUCAGACUGGAGAUGGACGGUAUAACAAUGAGCCUCCUGGUAAUCGGGCUCAUGACAAGACUUUUCAGAUUGGAGAAUCCUAAAAAUGUCGUCUUCGACGAAAUGCAUUACGGGAAAUAUGCUUCACAAUAUUUGAAAAAUACAUUUUUCUUCGACUCCAACCCUGCCCUAGGGAAGAUGAUAAUUGCAUUUGCGGGAUACUUGGCAGGGUUCGACGGUAGGUUCGGGUUCGACAAGAUAGGAGUAGAGUAUCCAGAUAGUGUUCCUCUCUGGACCCUCAGGUUUGUUCCAGCUUUUGCUGGAUCUUUGCUCAGUCCUCUGUGUUACAUAAUCAUCAAGGAGCUUGGUUUUAGUCCCUGGACCGGAGCCUUGGCAGGGUUCAUGAUUCUCUUUGACACAGCGAUCCUUACCCAGUCCAGGUUUAUCCUCAUGGAAUCCAUCAUGAUGUGUUUCGGUCUCGGAGCUCUUCUCUGUGUUCUCAAGUUUAGGAAGGUUUCUAAUAAUUCCUUCUCCCCGGAAUGGUUUUUCUGGCUGACUGCCAGCUCAUUUCUCUCAACUUGUGCCUUCUGUGUAAAAUAUAUCGGAAUAUAUUCUGGAUUUCUCUGCUGGGGUUUACUACUCCAGGAUUUCUGGAGACAACUUCCAAACAAAACUGUCUCUGAUCGGAAACUUCUAGCUGAUUAUAUGGUCCGUUCUGUGGUUCAAGGGUUAGUAACAGUUCUGCUCUACCUUGGAAUAUUCUACGUACACUUUUCUGUCCUCUACAAGGCUGGGACACACGACUCCUUGAUGACGAGUCAGUUCCAGGCUAGCCUUGAAGGAGGUCUAGGUUCCAUUAUCAGGGGUCAACCCGGAGUAAUUGCGCACGGGAGUCAGAUCACUCUCAGGCAUACUCAUGGUAGAACCUGCUGGCUUCAUUCUCAUGAACAUGUGUAUCCAGUCAGGUAUGCGGACGGUCGAGGAUCAUCUCACCAACAACAGGUUUCCUGCUAUUCCUUCAAGGAUAUCAACAACUGGUGGAUCAUAAAACGUCCUGAUAGAGAGGAGCUGGCCGUCCAGGAACCCAUUGAUAGUAUUCAACACGGAGAUAUCAUACAACUUGUUCAUGGAAUGACUCACAGAGCGCUUAACUCACACGACGUUGCAGCUCCCGUCUCACCACACAACCAGGAGGUUUCAUGCUACAUAGAUUAUAAUAUAUCCAUGGCGUCAGAGAACCUAUGGCGGGUUGAUAUUGUAAACAAGGAUACAGUUGGAGAUGUUUGGCACACUAUCAACUCUCAAGUAAGAUUAAUCCACGUGAACACGACUCAAGCUCUAAAGUAUUCGGGAACCACGUAUCCGGACUGGGGUUUCCAUCAAAUAGAGGUUGUGACGGAUAAAAACUUAAAUCAAGCUGACACUGUCUGGAACGUUGAAGAACAUAGAUAUACUAAGAACGACAAGGAUAAGACUACCAUAGAAAAUGAGUUGGGACAACAUGAACUCAUCCCUGAGAGUAAAACUGUUCUCUCCUUUUGGGAGAAGUUUGCUGAGCUCCAGUUCAAGAUGCUGCUCACGAGUCAAGAAAACGUAAAGAAUCAUAAUUUUGCCAGUGAUCCUCUUGAAUGGCCUUUCUUAACCCGAGGCAUUGCUUACUUCAUAGCCAAGGAUUCUAAUAAUCAGGUUCAUCUUAUUGGAAAUAUAGUGAUUUGGUAUACAGUGUCUCUAGGUCUGGCUCUCUACGUCGCUCUUCUCGUCUUUUACCUGCUCCGACGUAGACGGCAGUGCUAUGAUAUCUCCGAGCUUGAGUUUAGCACGUACUGCUUGGCCGGAGAGGUUCUCUUGACCGGAUAUCUCAUUCAUUAUGUUCCAUAUUUCUUCUACGAUAGAACACUGUUUAUUCAUCAUUAUCUACCUGCCUACAUUUUCAAUAUCAUGCUUACGUCAUACUUCAUCACUCACGCAUACUCUCAGUUCAGAAAACGCUUCAGUGGUAGCAUGAGCAAGUACAUUUGCCUCGCUGCUUUGUUUACCUGGGGUGUUUACAGUCUGGUCGUCUUUAACAAGUUCUCUGUGCUCAGCUACGCAGAUAAACCACUCGGGGCUGAGGAGGUUCGGAGUCUCCGAUGGAAGGAUACCUGGGAUCUGAUAAUUCAUAAAAAAUAAUGAUUCUCAAUAACAGAUUCUUCCAUGCUAAAUGCUCAUCAGAAAAGUUUAUUCUUCUUAAUUUACAGAAUCUGUCAUAUUUUAGGCUUUAGCGUAACUUUUAAUGAUGUUUUGUCGUUAUGAUUGUGAAGGGGGGGGGGAGAAUGGCAACAAAGGAAUUAAUUCUUUCCCACAGCUCAAAUUUUCUAAACCC